AUGGAAACCUUUCACGAGGCGUGUCGUCAAGGAGUGCUAUGCAGAACUACACGUCGCAUGGUAGAAGAUGAGAAGAAAAUUUUAAGGGCUGGUUCCGUAUACGUGUACGAUGAAGCUGAAUCGGGAAUCAAAAGAUGGACUGAUGGGAAAAUUUGGUCUCCUAGCAAAAUCGUUGGCGAUUUUCUUGUUUAUCAAGAGCUCGAAAUGAGAUUUCCUUUUGUGAAAAGUUACGAUAAACUAAAUAAAAAAACUAAACAACGAAUCAAGAAUGAAGAUUUAAAAGUUCAAAUUUCUGCCAAGGGCACAUUUAUCCAUCGUAAAAUUGGUUUGAGUAAAAAAACAAUAACUGUAAAGUUGAAUGAUAGCUUGCAUCAUAUGAUUAUCUAUGAAGAUAAAGAAGGCUCUCAUAACUUUCUCUACUCGCCUUGUGCUUAUGUUCAAUUGUUGACAAUUGAGCCAGGUGUUGACUUAGUUCAAAAUGAAGCUCUACGUAGACAUAAAGUCAUUACUUAUAAUGAUAGGCCUUCUCCAAAGUUAAAUAAAGUUAGAGGAAGUGGAGACGUUGAUAUGUUGUCUCCUAUUGCUGUAAAAAAUGAGUGUGAUGAAAAGGCUGUAGACUACUCAAUAUCCUCUUCGACUUUAUUCACCAUUCCUCCCAUAAGAUCGGUUUCUUUAACUCAAACUUUGCCAGCCAACACGGAAGCCUUAUAUUAUGUUCCCAUUCAAGCAUUACAGGAAACUUCUAAAGUUGAUGUAUCUGAAGCGACAUUAUUAAAUGUAGUUAAUUUAUCACAAGAGAAUAAUCAGCAAACCUCAACUAAUUCCGACUUGGAAUCGGUUCAAUUGAUUGUCGAUGGGAUCAAUAUUUUGCAAAACAACGGUCAUUCCUUGCCAUUUAAUAUUCUCCCAGCUUAUGCCACCGUUGCUGUGAGAGAUACCGCUGUUCCUAAUACGACUGUUGACGCAGUAAAUUCGGAUUUCUUUGGCUUGGUUGACUUUUCUCGUUUGUAAGUUAUUAUAUAUGCAAGUGAGAUUGGAAAGCUGCGUUGGAAUGAAAUUAUUUU